GAUGAUAAUACGUGCCGAUCGUUGACGUGUUACUUAACCUGCUGCUCACAAAAAGCUGUUUCAAAGUGUUAUGGUAGAUAUGGCAUCGAAGAAGGAUUCUAAGGACAAUGGAAGCCAGCCUGUGAAAAUCAACAAAUGGGACGGCGCAGCUGUGAAGAACGCCCUGGAUGAUGCAGUGAAGGACGUCCUCAUCUGGAAGUACAACUACACCGAGAAUUUUUCCCUCCUAGACAUGCGUCUGGGGAUCUGUGGAAUAGCCGUUGGAGUUUCGAGUGUUGCACUUCUCUGGGAUUACUUGUACCCAUUCCCAGCAUCCAGGCUCGUCCUCGUCACCUGCGUCUCCAUUUAUUUCAUCCUCAUGGCAAUCCUGAAUCUUUAUACAACGUACAAGGAGAAGGGGAUCUUCGUCGUUGCUGUCCAGAGGGAUCCAGCUGGCUACGACCCUGACUGCACCUGGGAGGCGUCCUCCUACCUCAAGAAGUACGAUGAUCAGUACAACCUCGUGUUGUCAGUGAAGAACGAGCAGACAGGGGUCAUCAACGAGGCCCAGUUCACGAAAUCCGUGGCGAACUUCAUCGACGUCAAUGGGGUUGUCAUCCCCGAACUGGUGGCGUCUGUUGUUGCCAAUCUACACGACAGUCUGACGAGCCAACGCAAAGACAAAUAACAGAUGCAGGCGGCUUGAGGCAUUCAUCAUUAAUUCAUUCUUGUGAUCGGGCUGGACAUUAUUGAUUAAUUUUACCUCUAUUAGGUUUAUUUCUUAUAAGUCUCAGUUCUCUUUUGUAAGAUACAGUACGAAUAAAUAAAUGGUUUACCAAUGAUGUUAAAUUAUAA